AUGGCGGUUUUAGUAGAUCAGACGGGUACCUUGGUGAAGGCCUUGGUUACCAUAGUCCUUCUCCAUGUCGCCGGAAAGGCAGUUUACAAUGUCUUCUUCCAUCCGUUGCGGGCCUUCCCCGGCCCCGUCUCUCAUGCCAUGUCUCCUAUUCCAUAUUGCUAUCGGUUGCUACGCGGCCGGCUUCCCUUUGACAUGUUAGCUCUGCAUGAAAAGUACGGAGACGUGGUCCGAAUUGCACCGGGUGAACUGGCAUUCGCGCACGUAGACGCCUGGAAAGACAUUCAUGGCCAUCAGUCCAAUGGCGGCGACGAGUGCGGAAAGUGGAUGAGCUUCUAUAAGUAUGCAGACGGCACGCCCACCAGCAUUGCCAAUGCCGAGCGUGAGGAGCACGGCAUCCUGCGACGUCAAUUAUCCCAUGGCUUCUCUGAACGGUCGAUGCGGGCACAAGAGCCCCUCAUCACUCAGUAUGUCGACUUGCUCAUUCGGCGCCUGCACGAGAAGUGUGGCGACGGUACCAAGUCCAUAGAUAUGGCGUCGUGGUACAAUUUCACUACCUUCGACAUUAUUGGGGACCUAGCCUUCGGGAAACCAUUCGGGUCCUUGGAGAACUCCGUAUACCAUCCGUUCAUUCCGCUGCUUCUUAAAUCGGCCAAGACAGGAACGUUGAUGUUGAGUUUGAGUUUCUAUCCUCUGUUGAAGAAACUAUUCCUGGCGAUGGUGCCGAAAUCGGUCGUCAGAGCGUUUCAGGACCAUCGGGAUGUGUCCGUUGCCAAAUUACGCGAGCGUAUGCAGGCAGGGAAUGAGCGCGACGACUUGAUCGAAGGGCUCCUGAGGAAACAGGAUGAGCUGGAUCUUAAUAUGGAUCGUCUCGAGGCCAACGGCACUAUACUUCUUAUCGGAGGCUCCGAAACCACGGCGACUCUUCUCUCCGGGAUCACUUACUUACUCUUGCAGAACCCGGAAGUACUGGCGCGUUUGACUAAAGAAGUUCGUUCCUCUUUCCAGUCUGAAAAGGACAUUACGAUGGACUCCGUGAACGGCCUAUCUUACAUGUUGGCCUGCCUCAACGAAGCCCUGCGCUCCUACCCGCCGAUCCCCAUCGGACUGCCGCGAGUCGUACCCAAGAACGGUCGACACAUUAUGGGGCAAUACGUUGCACCAGAUACGAUUGUCGCCAUUCAUCACUGGGCGACGUAUCACAACGAGAAAUACUUCACCGACCCAUUUGGCUUUCACCCGGAACGGUUCCUCGGGGAUGAGCGAUUUGCAAAUGACAACUUUGACAUUUUGCAACCGUUUAAUUUCGGCCCUCGGAACUGCCUUGGACGGAAUUUGGCAUAUGCAGAGAUGCGCAUGAUCCUGGCGCGUCUGAUCUUUAAUUUUGAUCUGGAGCUCGCCAGCGACAGUGUCGGGUGGAUGGAACAACAGAAUAUCUUCUUCCUUUGGGACAAACCGCCGCUGCACGUCUUUCUAACGCCGGCGAAGCGAUCAUGA